AUGGCUUCAGAUAUGCUCUUGUUAAAUGAUGAUUUCACAGGAUGUAUGUUUACUUAUUUUUUAAAACAGAAAUCUGAUGCGUCCCGUGCAUUAGAAAAAAUUUUAGCAGACAUAGCGCCCUACGGCAAAGCUCAAACAAAACAAUGUGGUUAUACCAUUGUGUUACUUGUUUGGGUGGAUGACAUUAUUAUUACAUCAAGUAAGGACGAACUGCUCAACACUGUCAAGAUCCAGUUGAAGAAUCGAUUUAAUAUGAAAGAUCUUGGAACACUCUCAUCGUUUCUUGGAAUUGAUUUUGAGAGGGGGAUUGACUACGUCACCAUGUCCCAGUCCCGUUACCUUAAAAAUGUCCUUAUCCGAUUCAGUCUCAAUGAUUGUAAACCGAGGAAUACCCCAUGUGAACAAAACCCUGCCGCAUAUAUAUUAGAUGAGACCAGUGAUACUGAGAAGACCGAUAACGACACCAAACUAUAUCGUCAAAUGGUGGGAAGCAUUGUAUAUGCCAUGACUUGCUCCCGACCAGAUUUGAGUUAUGUUGUAACUAAGCUGUCUCAACACUUGUCAAAGCCUGAAAAUUCAGACUGCAUUAUGUUAAAACAUGUAUUUCGAUAUAUAAAAAAUACUGUGAGUUAUACAUUCACUUUUCGUAAACUAAACCAUAAAGAAUUUCGUCUCUAUGCAUUUUGUGAUGCUAAUUGGGCUUCUUCUUUGGAUAACAGAAGAAGUAUUACCGGUUAUUGUAUCAGCAUCAAUCCGAGUGGGCCACCUAUCAGUUGGAGGUCGAAAAAACAAGCGUCUGUGGCACUUUCAACGUGCGAAGCUGAAUAUAUGGCCCUCUCACUAACAGCUCAGGAGACCGCCCACCUAACACGACUUAUCAAAGAUUUAACAAAUUUUCACCUCAAGCCGCCUGUGAUUAAAAAUGACAACCAAGGUGCCUUAGCGUUGUUAAAAAACCCCGUAAAGCACAUGAAGGCCAAACAUAUCGAUAUCCGAUACCAUUAUAUCAGAGAAUGUUUUCAACAGAAUCAGAUAGCUGUAGAAUAUAUACCUUCAAGUGAAAACAAAGCGGAUAUAUUUACAAAACCGCCAAAGAAACAUUUGUUGACAAUGUUCAAACAAUAUUUAUUUGGAGAAACGGCAUUAGGACUAAAGAUGGUAGAGUUAAAAGUGCGACUUAUUGCCGACAUAAACCUCUAUAAACCUAAGUUGAGGCAUCAACGUAACCAUGUGUCAGAUACAGAUCAGAUAUAA